UUUUCCUAAAGAGGCGGAAAAAAAUCAUUCCUACACCCAGGCUUUGCUAGCCCCACCGCUAGGAGCAGCAGGAGAGAGGACUCGAGGAGGGGGCAGGUGUCCGAAACGGAUCGCCAAACCCCGCACCAGCCCGCCCCCGCAGGAGAGAGAUCCGAGCCCGCCGCGAUCCAUGGCGGCGCGCGUCCUCCUCGCCCUCGCCGUCGUCGCCGCCUUCCUCGCCACGGCGCCUCGCGGGGCGGCCGCGCUCCGGUCGCUCGGCGUCCGCGACGGAGCGGGGGCUGCCGACGCCGCCGUGGACCUCAACGCCACCAACUUGGACGCAUUCCUCAAGGCCUCGCCGGAGUCGUUCGCGGUCGUCGAGUUCUUCGCCCACUGGUGUCCAGCUUGCAGAAACUACAAGCCUCACUAUGAGAAGGUUGCAAAACUUUUCAAUGGUCCAGAUGCUGCACAUCCAGGGAUUAUAGUGAUGGCAAGGGUUGAUUGUGCAUCAAAGGUGAACAUGGAUCUUUGCAGUAGAUUCUCUGUUGACCAUUAUCCUUUCCUAUUAUGGGGUCCGCCGACAAAAUUUGCUUCCGCUCAAUGGAAACCAAAGCAAGAGAACAGUGAAAUAGAAUUAAUUGAUGAUGGAAGAACAGCAGAGCGUUUACUUAAGUGGAUAAAUAAGAAGAUGGGAAGCUCUUUCAGUUUGGAUGACAAAAAAUAUGAGAACGAAAGUAUGCUCCCACAAAAUGCUUCAGAUCCUGAACAGAUUGUUCGAGCAAUUUAUGAUGUUGAGGAAGCAACAGCUCAUGCUUUACAGAUAAUUUUGGGGCAUAAGAUGAUAAAACCAGAGACCCGCAACUCACUUAUUAGGUUUUUACAAAUUUUGGUGGCUCAUCAUCCAUCCAAGAGGUGUCGGAGGGGAUCUGCUGAGCUACUCAUUAACUUUGAUGAUCACUGGCCUACAAACCUCUCAUUAAGUUCGCAAGAGAGUUCUAGAUUGUUGGAAAGUGUUGCAGCAGAUAACCACUGGAUCUGUGGAAAGGAGGUGCCACGUGGAUAUUGGAUGUUCUGCCGUGGAAGUAAUAGUGAAACAAGAGGAUUUAGCUGUGGUCUAUGGGUCAUGCUGCAUUCACUAACUGUUCGAAUUGGUGAUGGAGAAAGCCAAUCAACAUUUACAUCAAUAUGUGAUUUCAUACACAAUUUCUUCAUCUGUGAGGAAUGCCGCAAGCACUUCUAUGAAAUGUGUUCAAGUGUAUCAGUUCCCUUCAAGUCUACGCGUGACCUCGCCCUCUGGCUAUGGAACACACAUAACAAAGUUAACGAGAGGUUGAUGAAAGAAGAAAAGGAUUUAGGAAGUGGUGAUCCAUCAUUUCCUAAGGUUAUCUGGCCUACAAAGCAGCUCUGCCCAUCGUGCUACCGUUCUUCAAGUAGUACUGCUGAUGGAGCCGUGCAGGUUGACUGGAAUGAGGAUGAAGUAUUUAAUUUCUUGGUUAACUACUAUGGGAAGAUGCUUGUAUCAUCCUACAAGGAGACCUACAUGGAGUCUCUUCUUCAAGAGAAGAAGCAAGUGGGCUCAAUUUCUGAUGAUUCUUCCGCAUCCAGUGCUGCGGCAGUCCCAAUUGGAGCCGCCCUGGGUGUUGCCGUUGCUAGCUGUACAUUUGGGGCAUUGGCUUGCUUCUGGAGGACCCAACAGAAGAACAGAAAGUACUACCCUUUACGUUCUUUAAAGAAAAUAUGACUAAAAACUUUUAGGCAAAGAAAGAACUGGAACUGAAAAUUAUGCAUCCCUUGAGCACCCUACACUGCAUGUCUGCAUCAGAGGGAGCCUCCGUGAAUGUAUAUUUUCUGGACGGGUUAUCUUGGCAAGUACCCGAAAGAGUGGAAAAGGCAAAUGCUUAUCAGAUGAAAAACAUACAGAAGUACGAAGAUUUACUCGUGCUGACUCACGUGAUUGUUUGUGCAACGGCGUGAGCUUUGUUGCACCAGGUCAUAGGUUUAACGUGUAACCUCUGUUACCAUAUAGUUUUUUGUGGGUGUGGAUGGAAUUUGACCAAUUUAAUGAGUGAAAAUUAAAUUAAAAUUUCUGUUGUGCAUCUCUUGUCCUGAACUGAAGCCUCUUGUGCACAACAAGAGCUCUGUUGUUAUACUUGUUUAUGUAAUAGUA